GCUAUCAUCUUAUCUGCAGUUCUCUUUAGUGAAAAGGAAGAGAGAAAAGGAGCGCUUCAAAGACUGUGUCCUCCAGGCUGGAAUCCAAUCAAGUCAUUAGGAGAAGGUGGAGCCCACGCCCAGCUCCCACAACUGAAUUUUGGUCAAAGACAAAAGCAGCAGUGCUCUCUGGAAAAAAUCACCAAAAACUUAGGUUUUUGUGUGAUAAGCUGUAAUGGGGUUCAGAGAGGCGGCUUUGUUUGGGUUUGUGCUUCUCCUUUCAGGUGUUAAUCUUUGUGCUGCUUCACUAAAUUGGUCAAACUUCAGCACCAAUGAAACUUUGAAUCCACAAGAACAAGUGACAGAAAGCUUACAGCUGCCAAGAUCAGCGCAGACAGCAGAUCAUCAGUCAAACCGCACACAGCACGCUGAUCCAGUCCGCUCUCCUGUCACCUAUCGGCUCAAGAGCAACCAGCUCAGGAAACAGAAACCACCUCUUGUGCAUCAAAACCAACUGGAGGCCAGUAAGUUGACCUCAGAGCAGCUUGAGCCACAAGUAACUGUGCAACCUAAAGAGUUGAUAAAGUUGCCGAUUCCAGGCCCAGAUCUGAACCCACCUGUAAAGCCGGGAUCAAAGGUGCAGAUGCUGGUGUUUGAGCAGCGGGUACCUUCAGCGGCCAGCAGUGUGGCAGUGCGUUGUGGGGAAGGCCGGGUCAUCAUAGAGGUCAAACAGGACUUCCUAGGAAAUGGUCAGCUGAUCCAUCCAAGCGAUCUAACCUUAGGAGGCUGCGCCGCACUGGACGGCGCUCAUCAUGUCCUGCGGUUUCAGUCAGAGUUACACAGCUGUGGCAGCAUGAUGACGAUGACAGAGGAAGCCCUCAUCUACUCCUUUACUCUGAUGUACGCUCCAAAGCCCAUUGGUAACACCUUCAUUUUGAGGACCAGCCCUGCUGAGGUGGUAAUUGAAUGCCAAUAUCGAAGGAGACAUUAUGUGAGCAGCAGCGCUGUGAGGCCUACCUGGAAGACGUUUGCCUCCAACAUGUUAGCAGAACAGCAGCUGCACUUCUCCCUGCGUCUCAUGACAGAGGACUGGCAGUCUCAGAGGCCUUCCAAUGUUUACUUCCUGAGUGACGUGAUGCACAUUGAAGCCGCGGUCCUUCAGGGUCACCACGUUCCACUGAGGGUGUAUGCGGACAGCUGUGUGGCUACUGCGAGCCCCGAUCCCAAUUCUGAACCCAGAUACCCCUUCAUCAACAAUCACGGGUGUUUAAGUGAUGCUAAGCUGACAGGAGCCAAGUCUUACUUCAUGCAGAGGAGCCAGGAGGAUAAACUUCACAUCCAGCUGAAAGCCUUCAGGUUCCACCAUGAUCACAGGAAUUCACUCUACAUCACAUGUCACCUGAAAGCAACAAAAGCCUCUGUUGCCAUCAACUCAAAACACAAGGCGUGUUCAUUCCUGACUGAAGCCAACAGAUGGGUGGCAUCAGGUGGAGACAAUAAGGUGUGUGACUGCUGUGAGACCAGCUGCAGUGAGCAGAGACAGAAAAGAAGCCUUGCAGCAGAUGCUGAUCUGUGGUGGGAGGGGACGGCAGCUCUGGGCCCCAUCCUGCUCGAGGACGACAUCCUGCCGCAGGAGCUGACUGAGCUGUCCACACUUCAUUUAAAACAAGAUUCUGUGCUACGAACACGUGAAGUGACUCAAGCAGCCUCCUAUUCAUCAGUCGUUGUGCUGUGUGGAGUGGGUGCAGCACUGGCUCUUGUGCUGCUAGUUUUCAUGGGUGCUGUCAUUUGCAGCAGGCAACACAAACAGACCGGACACUUUGUUUGUACUUGGCCUAAGACAAUAAAAAAUUUAGAAUAA